AUGAGCUCCCCAAAGUUUGUGCUGUCCUCCCUGGACGCUAUUGCGACGUCGAAAGACGCCCAGCGGAACAAGCAGCUCGCCGAGUCGGCCCAAAAGGCGCUCGAUGCCAUCAAGGAGCAGGAAACCCUCCCGGACCCCGACGUUCUCUUCGCGCCGCUGCAGCUUGCCACAAAGUCCAACAACCCGCAGCUCACGACCACAGCCCUCGAUUGCAUCGGGAAGCUCAUAUCGUAUUCCUACUUUUCCAUACCAAGCACCGACGGCGAUGCUGCCCCGGACGCCCCCGAGGGCCCGGACGGCGCCGAGCCCGCGUCGCCGCUCAUCGAGCGCGCCAUCGAUACCAUAUGCGACUGCUUUCAGGGGGAAACAACGGCGGUCGAGAUCCAGUUGCAGAUCGUCAAGUCUCUUCUGGCAGCCGUCUUGAAUGAUAAGAUUGUCGUCCACGGCGCCGGCCUCCUCAAAGCCGUCCGCCAGGUCUACAACGUCUUCCUCCUGUCGCGGAGCACUGCCAACCAGCAGAUAGCCCAAGGCACGCUGACCCAGAUGGUGGGAACGGUCUUCGAACGAGUCAAGACCAGAUUGCUCAUGAAAGAAGCGAGAGUGAACCUGGGAGGCCUCAAGCACAGCUCGGGCAACGUGACGUUUGACAAUUCCGAGCUUGCCAAUGGCGACCCAUCCGACCCCGACGAAGACGAUUCCGCCACCCCCCAGGAAGAGUCAACCCCCUCCGAGCCGGAACCCAAUGGUGCCAAGCUUACAUUGAAGGAUCUUGAGCAUCGAAAGAGCUUCGAUGAUUCUAAUCUUGGCGAUGGACCGACCAUGGUCUCAAGGGUGACACCCGCGAAUAAGGCUGAUGCAGACACCCCCGUGUCUGGCCAAUCGAUGCCCGAGUUGUCCACCGAGGAAGACAGCGACCUGCUGGAUGCCGAAGAUGAGGUCUACAUCCGCGAUGCCUAUCUCGUCUUCCGUUCUUUCUGCAACUUGUCCACCAAGGUCUUGGCUCCAGACCAACUUUACGACCUCCGAGGCCAGCCCAUGCGCUCGAAGCUGAUAUCUCUCCACCUUAUCCAUACCGUUCUCAACAACAACAUUUCCGUCUUCACCUCCCCCCUUUGCACCAUCAAGAGCUCUAAAAGCAACGAACCCACGUCGUUUCUGCAGGCCAUCAAGUUCUACCUCUGUCUCAGCAUCACACGAAAUGGCGCCAGCUCCUCUGUGGACAACAUCUUUCAAACAAUCGUCGAGGAUCUUUCCAAGUUCUCCACCGCACCGGUGGCAAUCACAUCCGUCCACGAGCAGGUGUACGAAGAACAGCGAGCAAGAGUGCCGGCAGCCAGCGAGUGGCAGCUCAAAGGCAUCUUGCCCCCACCGCUCACCGUCAUCCACAUCGUGCCUCAGCAGGAGAGCGAACCAGACUUUCCCAAAGAAUACGCCAUGAAGCGCCUGUCGUUGGAAGCCCUGGUCGAGGCUCUGAGAUCUCUUGUGAACUGGUCAGCUUCGGUGCGAACCGACAGCGGCGAGGCGCCAAACGCCGACGGCGACAACAAGCCCUCUUUGGACGAACUUCGACCGUCGAUUGACCCUGCGGUGAGCGACAGCGCCUCUCGCUUGGAGACGCCGAUGCCCCCAUCGACGCCCGUCAUGGACGACGACCCGGAUCAUCUGGAGAAAGGAAAGGCGCGCAAGACUGCGCUGAUAAAUGCCAUCAGGCAGUUCAACUUCAAGCCAAAUCGAGGCAUCAAACUGUUCUUGCGCGACGGUUUCAUUCCGAGCGACAGCCCCCAAGAUAUAGCAAAUUUUCUGCACAAGGAGGAUAAGCUUGACAAGACGCAGAUUGGCGAGUACCUGGGCGAGGGAGACCAGACGAACAUCGACAUCAUGCAUGCCUUUGUCGACUCCAUGGAGUUCACCCGGAAGCGCUUUGUUGACGCCCUCAGGCAGUUCCUGCAGUCGUUUCGACUUCCUGGAGAAGCCCAAAAGAUCGAUCGCUUCAUGCUGAAGUUUGCCGAACGUUAUGUCUUGGGAAAUCCCAAUGCCUUUGCCAACGCAGACACGGCCUAUGUACUGGCUUACUCCGUCAUCAUGCUCAACACAGAUCAACACAGCAGCAAGGUGGCGAAGAGGAUGAGCAAAGAGGAGUUCAUCAAGAACAACCGAGGCAUCAACGACAAUGCCGACCUCCCAGACGAGUACCUGAUUGGAAUAUUCGAGGAGAUCGCCAGCAAUGAGAUCGUGCUCACCAGCGAGCGCGAGGCCGCAGCCGCAGCCGGUACACCGGCCCCUCAAGCUACGGGCAUCGCCGCCGGCCUCGGCCAGGCGCUUUCGAAUGUCGGGCGAGAUUUGCAGCGCGAAGCCUAUGUACAGCAGUCGGAGGAGAUUUCGUUGCGAUCCGAGCAACUGUUCAAGAACCUGUUCAAAAGCCAACAUCGCAAUGCCACCAAGGCUGGACUUAAGUUCAUUCCGGCGGCAUCUUUCAAGCACGUCGGCUCUAUGUUUGACGUCACCUGGAUGUCCUUUUUUUCCGCUCUGUCAAGCCAGAUGCAGAAGGCACACAACAUCGAAGUAAAUAAGUUGUGUCUCGAAGGGAUGAAGUUGGCCACCAAUAUUGCCUGCUUGUUCGAGUUGUCGACACCAAGGGAGGCUUUCAUCUCGGCCCUGAGAAACACGACCAACCUGAACAACCCGCAAGACAUGAUGGCGAAGAACAUCGAAGCCCUGAAGGUCAUCCUAGAGCUCGGCCAAACCGGAGGCAACCUGCUCCAGGAAUCGUGGAAGGACAUUCUCAUGUGCAUCAGCCAGCUAGACCGGUUGCAGCUGAUUACAGGCGGCGUUGAUGAGAGCGCGGUUCCUGAUGUUUCCCAGGCACGAUUCAUACCCCCACCGCGAUCGGACACGUCCGAGUCGAGGUCAUCCACACAAUCUCGGCAGAAACCGCGGCAGAGAGCCGGCACGGGGCCCAAAGGCUUUUCAAACGAGGUCGCCAUAGAGUUUCGAUCCGACGAGUUCACCCGCAGCGUCGACCGCAUCUUCUCGAACACGGCGAACCUAUCUGGUGAAGCCAUGGUUAGCUUCGCCAAAGCGCUCACGGAAGUUAGCUGGGAUGAGAUCAAGGUCUCUGGCUCCAACGACUCUCCUCGAACCUACAGUCUGCAAAAGAUUGUCGAAAUCAGUUACUACAACAUGAAUCGUGUUAGGUUCGAAUGGACCAACAUCUGGGAUGUCCUCGGCGAGCAUUUCAACCAGGUCGGGUGCCACAACAACAUGAACAUCGUUUUCUUCGCCUUGGAUUCCCUCCGGCAGCUCUCCAUGCGUUUCAUGGAGAUUGAGGAACUGGCGGGUUUCAAGUUCCAGAAGGACUUCUUGAAGCCAUUCGAACACAUACUGGCCAACUCUCACAACACCACCGUCAAGGAUUUGGUUCUGCGCUGCCUCAUCCAGAUGAUUCAAGCUCGGGGGGAUAAUAUCCGUUCCGGGUGGCGGACCAUGUUCGGCGUCUUCACGGUUGCCGCACGAGAGACGCACGAGAGCAUCGUGAGCCUUGCUUACGAGAACGUGAACCUUGUGUACAAGACCAAGUUUGGUGUCGUUAUUUCCCAAGGAGCUUUCACAGACUUGAUCGUCUGCUUGACCGAGUUUUCGAAGAACCUCAAGUUUCAGAAAAAGAGCCUCGCAGCUCUCGAGCUUCUGAAAUCAAUCAUUCCCACGAUGUUGAAGACGCCAGAAUGCCCGUUGUCAAAUCUGCCGAAAAGGAGAGCGUCGACGAUGGAUUCGAAGAACGAGGCCGUGGACGGCCCGAAGCCAUCGCAGACCAAAACCUCUGUCGAAGAAGGCUUUUGGUUCCCUGUCCUGUUCGCUUUCCAUGAUGUCCUCAUGACGGGCGAGGACCUCGAAGUGCGAUCGAACGCAUUGGAAUACUUCUUCGCCACCCUUAUCAAGUUCGGUGGCGACUUCACACCCGACUUUUGGGACAUACUGUGGCGGCAACAACUGUAUCCAAUUUUCAUGGUUCUCAGGUCACGACCCGAAAUGUCGAAUGUGCUCAACCACGAGGAGUUGUCGGUUUGGUUGUCGACGACGAUGAUACAAGCGCUGCGCAACAUGAUCACGCUCUUCACACAUUACUUCGAUGCCCUCGAGUAUAUGCUGGACAGAUUUCUGGAGCUGCUUGCUCUCUGCAUCUGCCAAGAGAACGACACGAUAUCUCGGAUUGGCAGCAACUGCCUACAGCAGCUGAUCCUCAAGAACGUGACCAAGUUUACGGCAGAGCAUUGGGCCAAGGUCGUUGGGGCAUUCUGCGAACUAUUUGAACGGACGACGGCAUACCAACUAUUUACCGCAACGAACAUGGGCGCGAAUGCGACGUUGUCGCUGAAGUCGAAUGGCUUCGACUUUGCCACACCUCUGGCCUCGCCGGCGGACAUACAUCCUGUGGAUGAGAAGUCCUUGAAGAUCAACGGCACAGAAGGCAGCGUCGUGCUGCCGGAAGUCGACUAUGCGAAUCACCAGUCCACACCAAAGCCGACGGAUGACGAGUUACAUUCACCAACCGUACCCGGCGGUCAAGCUCUAGAAGAGUUCAAGCCAUCGUCUAACCUCCAGCAGCAGCCGGUCGUGGUAACGGCAGCGCGUCGACGAUUCUUCAAUCGCAUCAUUUCCCGCUGUGUGCUGCAGCUGCUCAUGAUUGAGACGGUCAACGAGCUCUUCAGCAAUGACACAGUAUACGCUCACAUCCCCUCGACGGAGCUUCUGCGACUCAUGGCUCUGCUGAAGCGCUCGUUCCAGUUCGCUCGCCGCUUCAACGAGGACAAGGAGCUCCGCAUGCGACUCUGGCGCGAGGGAUUCAUGAAGCAGCCGCCUAAUCUUCUCAAGCAGGAGAGUGGAUCCGCUGCCACCUACGUCUCCAUUCUUUUCAGGAUGUUUGCGGACACGGCGCCGGAAAGGCUGGGGAGCAGGCCUGACAUCGAGGCGGCACUGGUGCCGCUGUGCAAGGACAUUAUCAGCGGAUAUUCGAUGCUCGCGGAGGAAAGCCAGCAUCGGAAUAUCAUGGCCUGGCGACCGGUGGUGGUAGAUGUCCUUGAGGGCUACUCAACCUUCCCGGAGGAGGAAUUCAAGGCUCACAUCCCCGAAUUCUAUCCCCUUGCCGUUGAGCUCUUGACGAAGGAGCUCGGCCAGGACCUAAGGGGCGCGCUUCUGGCCGUUCUGCGACGUGUUGGUGAAGUUGGGUUGAAGAUCGAGGGGAUGACCAAGCCGGUAGAAAGGAAACGACGAAGCACUGUUGGCGAUAUCCCGGAGGAGGUGGCAAAUGACCACGAAGCAGCGGCGCGAAGGAUGUUGUAA